AUGCUGAGCGUCACUGUGCUUUCGUACGGGCUCGGACUGGUGAUGUUCUUGCUGAUCGAGCAACCGGCGGCCAAUCUGCUGGGAACCUCCGUCCAGACAAGUCGUCUGGAGGAGUCACCAAAUCCCAGUUGUUUUUACUCCCUCCGAACUCUGGUCCGCUCGUCCGCAUCGUUGCUGCUGGAAGACAAUGUCAAACUACCCGCUCUUUACCGCUACGACAAUUACGACCAGUGUCUGGCGCAAGGAAGUACCUUCUGUAUGGUGCGAGCAGUGGUGAAGCCAAACUCCUCCAAUGAAGUGUGGAAUCGGAUACAGAGUACUUACUCGAAUGGACGCUUCUAUCGCCAUAAUUUAGUGGAACGUGCAAUUUGCAUCGAGAGGUGUCUUCAAAUCGUCAAUGAACUUAGCCAUAGUGAGCGCCAAGAACUGCUAGGUGAACCUUUUGCAGUGGAUUUCAAAUAUUUUCUAGAUGCCAAAUUCUUCCCACUUCAAUCGCACCACCGAAAGCUGCACGGAGAAGUGGUGAACGUGUGCGUCAACCGGGAGCUUCGUUCGGAAUUUGGGCUGGAAGCUUUCGCAGAGAUUGAGUACUGCCAUGAACCAAAUCGCAGGGUGGAUCCACUUGACACGUGGGAUGUUAUCUGUAUCGCCGUUAUCUGUUUAGUUAUUGUGUUUUCAAUUCUAAGCACGAUUUUUGACUAUCAUCUGAAGAAGAAAUUAUCUCUGGGAGACCACUUUGGAACGAAUCUCGAAUCAAUCGAACACCGCCUCGCUACAGUUUGGUCAGUUCCGCGCAACCUGCGCUCGAUGACCGCCCCUCCCAGAUCCGUACUGGGCAAGGAUUUCCUGUGUUUGGAGGGUGUACGAUUCGUCACGAUGUUCGUUGUUGUCGUAGUUCACGUGGCUCAAAUGUGGAUGAGAAUUCCGUUGCAAAAUCCGGAACUGUUUGAAGAAGCGUUCCAAAAUUCGAUUUUUGCAUCUGUGUGUCAAAUGACCACAAAUUUGGUGCAGUUGUUUUUUACCAUUGGUGGAUUGCUAACGGCUGUGAAUCUGUUGGACUUUUUGGCCAAAAAUCCUGGCAACAUUCGAAGUUGGUGGAAGGUGCUGUGGGACAAAGUGGUCAACCGGUUGAAGCGGCUGCUGCCAGUGUACCUGUUUAUGAUUCUGAUAGUAGCCACCCUAUUUAGAAGAAUCCCUAUUGGACCACUGUAUGAUCGAAUUGUGGGCGCUGAAUCGAGCAAUUGUCGCACGAAUUGGUGGAUCAAUUUGCUGUUUGUGAACAACUACGUCAAUGGAAAUGAUACGUGUCUACGAGCGAGUUGGUAUUUGAGUGCAGAUUUGCAGUACUAUCUGUUUGGAAUAUUUGCAUUGCUAAUGAUGACAAGGUUUUCGAAGACCACCAAGUACUGGAUCGGCUUCAUGGUGAUACUGAACUUUGCUGGGCCAGGCUUGGAGAUAUGGUUUAGACAGCUGCCUCCUCUAUCAACAAACGCUAUUAGGUUUUCGGCUCCAACCUUUUUUGACGACGAAUGGAUGGAAAAAAUGUACAAGCCGUUCCAGACGAGUAGUGCCGGGUACUUUUACGGUAUCAUGGCAGGAAUGAUGUACCACCAAAUCAAACACUCUGGAAAGAUUCUCGAGAGUCAAAAGGUUCGCUCUGCAAUCGCAAUUUUAGCAAUAGUCGUUACAGUUGCCUGUUAUGCACCAGCGUAUCUCUUGUAUGAAGCAAACCUCAAGCCUCUUCCGUGGCCAAUGCCAAUCUACGGCUCUGUGGCCAAAAACAUAUGUAGCAUAGCGGCUGCCGUAGUGUUCGUCAAUGCGGCCCUCAAUGAAGAAGGCUCAUUUAGGAAUAUUAUGGAGCACACUUGCCUCGUACCGCUGGGAAAACUGAGCUACACGGUGUAUCACAUAAAUUUUGUGCUUGUGACGGCGUUGGUCGUUGUCGUGCGGGAAACCAUAACACUUGAUGCAUCGAUGUUGAUUGGGAGCACGGUGGGCAUCUUGGUGCUUUCGUACGGGCUAGGACUGGUUCUGUUCCUGUUGGUCGAGCAACCCUUGGCUAAUCUGUUGGGAAGUAAAACAAACUACUUCCGGUUUGCUGGUAAAUUUUCAGUGAAAAAAGCGAAAGGCCUAUCUGGUUGUGCCAAUCAAAAGAAUAAAAGUAAAAAAUAAAAAAAAGA